AUGUCCGACAGCGUCCGCUGCAAACUGUUUCACUAUAUCGAAGAUCUGCGAGAUGAUGAAGUGAAGAAAUUUAAGAUGCACCUUGAAGAAUAUCCAGUUGAGGAAGGCUUCAAACCCAUUCGGCGCAGUAAGACUGAGAAGGCAGAUGCCACUGAGCUGUCACGGCUCAUGGUCACGACAUUUGAUGAGGACAAGGCAGUUGAGGUGGCCACCAACAUCUUUGACCGAAUAAACAGGAAGGAUCUGUCGGCAAAAGUCAGAAAAGAGAUGCCAUUAUAUUUUCAUCAAGUUAAAAAACCUUUGACCAAGGAGGAAAAAAGAAAGAAGGACGAAAAAAUGCAAGCGAAUCUCGUUGACAGAUUUUGUGGGACUCAAAAGAAAGUGGAGAUUGUGUUGGAUCCUAAGACUGCCUACCCUGCCCUCAUCCUUUCUGAAGAUCGGAAAAGUGUGCAUUUGGGCACCCAUGCCCAGUCUCUUCUUGAUAACCCUGAGCGCUUCAAUUUUUCUCCAUGUGUCCUGGGAGCAGAAGGAAUUGAUUCUGGGACUGUGGAAUGGGUGGUGGAAGUGGGCAAGGCCAAGGAAUGGGCCAUAGGUAUUGUCCGGAAAUCAGCAGAGAGAAAGUGGCGGCCGUAUGUCACAGCUACCGAAGGCUAUUGGGUGCUGAACCUGAAUGGGGGAGAAUAUGUGGCUUCCACCACACCUUCUACCAAACUAAUACUGUGGAAAUCUCCAAAACGGAUCAAGGUACACCUGGAGUAUGAUUUUGACAUUCUUUCCUUUUCUGAUGCUGACUCCAUGGAGCAUCUCUUCACCUUCAACUGUCCUUUCUCCGAGGUUGUGUUUCCCUUUUUCCAGGUCUGGGACAAAGAGAUCCCCCUGACAAUCUGUCCUUGUGAUUCAUAGGCGCUCAUUCUCAAGAAAUACACACCUUGCUUAGUUUGGGGUCAAUCUAAUUGAAGUUCAGGGAAUAUACUUCUGAGUUGGCAUAGGAUCACAUAGUAAUCUUCUGGCUUGAUCUCUUGUUUCGUUUUGGAUUAUCUCGGCAUAUCUCAUCGAGUCAUUCCAAAG